AUGGCUGGUGCAAAGGAAGUGCAGUCCGUGCACCCUUUCACACGGUGGGUUGCGGGGCUCUCAUCACCCAUGUCUUUAACAGAUCAGCGUGCUGCGGCAACGAGGAUCAGCCACCUUAUGCUCACUACCGUUUUUGUCGCGACAGUGUGCGGUUACUUCGUUGGAAACGUUCACACGGCAUUUUUUGCUGUAGCGGCGGCGUGCGGAGUGUCGCUUAUUGUCUGGGGCCCAAAUUGGUACCAAAACGAAGAUCCGGAUCAGCGGUGGUGCGAUGAAAACGAAGUGAAGAAAUAUUACGAAACGCUGGAACAAUUGCGUGACGAGGCGAAGCAGAAAAUAAUUGACGAGUUCGAGUCAAAAGGAGAGAAAAAGCGAAAUUGA